UGACCAGUACUCUACACGGGUUUACUCAGAAGCCUUUCGAUUAUUCUCGACUUUUCCAUGCACUGCUCCGGAACUUUCCUUUCUUUCCUUUAUAUCAAUUUAUCCUUCAUUCCAUCCUCAAUUUUCCCAAGAAACAAUCACUCUUUAGUCCUAGCAGAAUCUCGGGUGGGUCAGAAAGAUGAGCAAAGUUGGAGAUUCAAAUGUGUUUGAUGCAGUGAGCCAUUUGUUUAGCAUCCCAGAAAGCAUAGAGAAAUUCAUGAUCCAUUCAAGGGUUAAUGACACAAAUGAGAACAAGGGUGUUGGUAGCAUUCCUGUGGAUAUCUUAGACACCUCCAAAGAGUAUAUCUUUCACAUGGAUGUUCCUGGCUUGUCCAAGUCUGAUAUUCAGGUGACUGUUGAGGAUGAGAGUACACUGGUGAUUAAAAGUGGAGGGAAGAGGAAACGCGAAGAUGGCGAGGAAGAAGGCUGCAGGUAUAUAAGGCUUGAGAGGAGGGCACCACAGAAGCUGAUGAGGAAGUUCCGGUUGCCUGAAAAUGCUAAUGCAUCGGCAGUUACUGCUAAAUGCGAGAAUGGGGUUUUGACUGUUGUAGUUGAGAAGCAUCCUCCACCUCCUAAGCCUAAGAAGAUUGAAGUCACUGUUUCUUAAAGAAUCUCUUGUUGUCUGUGUAGAUGGGUAAAUGGGGAUUUUAGUGUUGCAAUUGUGUUCGGUUUAAUAUACGUAUUUUGGGUAGGGGAACAAUGUAAUCAUGUACAAAUUUGAUUGGCAAGAAAUUGUAGUUUAAUGUUAAUUGGCUGCAUAUUUUAUUUUGUU